CCUCUAUUUUACACUUUGUCUAGCGGAUGAUUAAGAUGCAACCAAGAUCAGUGUGGGGUUCUGAUCACUUACCUAAAAUUACCUAGCCGAAAUGGUAGGCGGUGAAUUUCUGCUGGCAAAACUUCCUCCCAAAUCGAUUUGCAACCCGAAUUUUAUUUUGUCUUAAAGCUACAAUACCUACAACUAUCGCAAUGGCAAGCUUCGAACAAGACCGGCAAAAGAAACGCCGCCUCACAAAAGAAGGCGAUUACGUGGAUACGUCGAAACCGACUGCCUUCUUCAAACCCACCGGAGGUCGAGAAUGGACAAUAUCCGUAGCAAUUCCGGGGAGUGUACUUUCAACGUGUCGCCGCGAUGACCAACGCACUGGCAUCGUUUCACACUUGGCGCGCGCACUUGCCGUCUUCAACAUAGAUGAAGUUGUGAUCUUUGAUGACUCUCAUCCAGACACCCGUACUAGGAAUGUCGAUCCCGCAAGUUACACGGGUGACAUUGACCCAUGUGGAUAUCUUGAUCAUCUUCUACAGUAUCUAGAGAUGCCACCUUUCAUGCGCAGGACACUGCUGCCGAUACAUCCAAACUUGAAAGGCGCUGGUCUUAUGGCUAGUCUAGAUAUACCAUCACAUCCACACCAGACCGAUUGGCUUCCGUACUGCGAGGGCGUGACGGUAACGGGGACAUCUAAAGGUGGAAAGGGUACACGUGUCGACGUUGGUAGAAAGGAACCGGUGACUAUUAGCCACGAGGUUCCGCCGAAGACUCGCAUUACUGUUCAAAUUAACGAGAACGACUCAUCCUUAGCGGAGCCGGUAGACCCUAGUGCACCGCGUGCCGAAGGUGGUUACUACUGGGGCUUCUCCGUGAGGCGCUGCGAUUCGUUGGCGACCGUUUUUGAAGAGUGCGCUUACGAAGGUGGAUAUGAUAUGAGUAUUGGCACUUCGGAGCGUGGCUUAACUAUAUCCGAGGCCUUCCCGGAUAAGAAGAAGAAGGACGCCGUAACCUUCAACCAUCUACUCAUUGUUUUCGGUGGUCCCAAGGGUCUCGAAUAUGCGGCCGGAAAUGACCCGCAAUUGAAUGGUAUGGGGAUUGUUAAAGGGAGAACGAAAGAAUUAUUUGACCAUUGGAUCAAUAUUUUGCCAGGGCAAGGAAGCAGGACAAUAAGGACGGAUGAAGCGCUCUUCAUUGGACUGGCGGGUUUGAGAAAAAUAUGGGAAGGAAGAUAGUACAGGCCAGCAACCGAUACCCUAUUUUAUUUA